AUGGCGAGAUUUGCGUUGAUGGCUGCGGCGGUGGUGCUGACUUUUCUGGCGGCGGCGCCGAUGAUAGAAGUGGAGGCAAAGAAAUGGACGGUGGGCGAUACCAAGUUCUGGAAUCCCAAUAUCAAUUAUACCAUUUGGGCUCAGGACAAACAUUUCUACCUCGACGAUUGGCUCUUUUUUGUGUACGAGAGAAACCAAUACAACGUUAUAGAAGUAAACGAGACCAACUACAGAAGCUGCAACUCGGAGAACCCGAUCGCCAAUUGGAGUCGUGGAGCUGGAAGAGACCUCGUUCAUCUCAAUGUGACCAGACAUUACUAUCUGAUCAGCGGUAGUGGUGGUGGAUGUUACGGCGGCAUGAAGCUGGCUGUUCUAGUUGAGAACCCGCCUCCUCCACCAGAUGCAUCACCUAGCAAGAACAGUGCAAGAAGAGUCUUCGCCAUCUCGGGCUUGGCCCAUCAGUUUGUUAUUCCGGUAGCUGUUCUCGCAGCAAUAGGGACAAUGUGGGACGCUUUGCUGCGGUUUUGGUAA